AUGUCAGACGCCGCUGUGGACACCAGCAUCGAGAUUACCACCAAGGACUUAAAGGAGAAAAAGGAGGAGGCUGGCAAUGAGGUAGACGAGGAAGAAGAAGAAGGUGAUGGUGAGGAAGAUGAUGGAGAUGAAGAUGAGGCCAAGGCAGUUACAGGCAAAUGGGCAGCUAAAGAUGAUGAGGAUGAUGAUGUUGACACCAAGAAGCAGAAGACCAACGAGGAUGAUUAG